GAUAACGAAAAACCGAUAAAUCUGCCGGAGGAUCUCAGUGUCGACCACACCUCCCUCCAUUCGCUGCUUCCACUCUGGGAUUAACUCACUGCUUCUGUCCACCUGCAUCAGUUCAACCAUCACAUUUCUAACGCAAUGAAAUAAAAUAAAAACCACCCAGAAUGACAACGAGACCCCCCGCCGCUGCUCUGCUGCCGUUCACGCUCUUCUUCGCCGUGACCUGUGCCACCGUGAUCCACCAGCCGGGCUACUGCGCGUUCAGCGGGGAAUGCGGCACGAAUCCAGAGGUGGAGAACCCUCUGAUCCCAUCCAAGGUGCCGUGUGUGUUCAACAAGCCGGCCUUCACCCUCGCCCCGGCCCAGCUGGAGAGGCUGAAGCGCGUGUGCCCGAUGCUGUACACGGGCGACCAGAAUACCAGGGUGUGUUGUACUUACCCACAGCUACUGGCGCUAGACGCCAGCAUGACCAUGUCUAAGGCGUUGUUGGUCCGCUGCCCAUCGUGUGUAAGCAGCUUCACCAACCUGUACUGCCAGAACACUUGUAGCCCAGACCAGAGCCUCCACAUCAAUGUCACCCGCACCCUCCCUUACAACAUGUCGGGCCAGCCUGAGGACGCCGUGAUGGAGUACAGCUGUUACUACGGCCGACACUUCGCCGACGGUUCCUUCAACUCGUGUAAGGACGUGCGAAUCCCGGCGACCGGUGGCCUGGCCAUCUCGCCCAUGUGUGGACGGUACGGGGCCACUCUGUGCAACACUGAGCGCUGGCUGGGCUUCCAGGGGGACUCCAGCAACGGCCUGGCCCCGCUGGACAUUAACUUCGUGCUGGUGGCCAACCAGACCCCCGUGGCCGGCGGCAUGGUCCCGUACACCGGGCGCUUCUGGAGAUGCGACCAGCCCGUGUCCGCGCAGGGCCAGGCGUGUUCGUGUCAGGACUGCAGUGAGUCUUGCCCCGUUAUCCCCUCUCCCUCUCCUCCCCCCGCACCCUGGACAGUGGGUCAAAUUCCCGGCUCCCUGCUCAUGUGUAUCAUCGCCUUCCUCGUCCUGCUCGCCCUCUUCAUCCUGUUCCUGGUCCUGAGCCGAGGGCGCGGGGGGAAGAGAUCUCCCUCUAUAGCGGGGACGGGCUGCUCGGCCAAGGUGAGCAGGGAUAGCCAGGUGUGGUUGGGCAACGUGUUCAGGUGUUGGGGCACCGCAGUUGCCCGGCGCCCGCUGCCCGUGAUCGCCGCCUCUCUAGUCCUGGUCAUCGUCCUGUCGGCCGGUCUCAGUUACAUAUCUCUGACCACCGACCCGGUGGAGCUGUGGUCAGCCCCAGACAGCCGGGCCCGCCGGGAGAAGGACUACCACGAUGCCAACUUCGGCCCCUUCUUCAGGACCAACCAGGUAAUCAUCACAGUGCCCGGCCGCCCGGACUACACCUACAACUCGGUACUAUUCGGGGAGAACACAUUCUCCGGCAUGUUCGACAAGGACAUCGUGCUGCAACUACUCGACUUCCAGACCAGGCUACAGGACAUCCAGGUGUGGUCAGAGGAAGCGCAGAGGAACAUCUCGCUGCGGGACAUCUGCUUCGCCCCCCUCCACCCUCACUCGCCCGACACCAGAGACUGCGCCGUGAACAGCUUGCUCCAGUACUUCCAGAAUAACAGGGGCCUCAUCAAUGCCCAGGGAAACCAGACCAUACACGGCGUGACCGGCACUGUGGACUGGAGGGACCACUUCCUCUACUGCGCCAACUCCCCCCUAUCCUUCAAGGACAACACCGUGAUGGGAAUAAGCUGCAUGGCAGAUUACGGAGCGCCAGUCUUCCCAUUCUUGGCUGUUGGUGGCUACGAAGGUGCAGAUUUCACUCAAGCCCAAGCAUUCAUCAUGACCUUCUCCCUAAACAGCUACAGUGCCGAUGACCCCAAAUACCAGUUCGCGCUGCUCUGGGAGAAAGAAUACUUGAGAAUUCUACAAGAGUACAAGAAUGACAAAUCCAUCGACUUUGACUUUGUCUACAUGGCUGAGCGUUCUCUGGAAGAUGAGAUCAACAGGACCACAGCUGAAGAUAUCCCAAUUUUCGCCAUCAGUUACCUGGUGAUCUUCAUCUAUAUUGCCCUGGCACUGGGAGAGUACAACAGCUGGAGAACCGUCCUGAUUGACUCGAAGAUUACGCUGGGACUGGGCGGAAUCUUUGUUGUGUUGGGAGCAGUCCUUUCAUCCAUGGGUUUUUACGCCUACAUUGGGGUUCCCUCCUCCCUCAUUGUUCUCGAGGUGGUCCCCUUUCUAGUGCUUGCCGUGGGCGCAGACAACAUAUUCAUCCUCGUUCUCCAAUACCAGAGGGACGAGAGGAGAGCGGGAGAGAGUCGUGAGGAGCAGAUUGGCCGGGUGCUGGGCGACGUGGGCCCCAGCAUGCUUCUCUGCAGCUUCUCAGAGUCCAUCUGCUUCUUUCUUGGUGCUCUAACCAAGAUGCCCGCGGUGCGUACCUUUGCGCUGUAUGCAGCCCUGGCCGUUUUCCUCGAUUUCCUGCUACAGAUGUCAGCGUUCGUGGCCCUGCUGUCCCUGGACGCUCGGAGAGAGGAGGCAGCGAGGUUCGACAUUUGUUGUUGCGUGCGCUCCAAAACAAGGAAGAAGCGGAAGAAGAAAGAGGGUUUCUUGCUGAUGUUAAUGAGAGAGUAUUACGCUCCGUUCCUGCUACACUCUGUUACACGGGUUAUUGUGGUCAUCGUCUUCCUCUUCAUGUUGUGCGCGGCGGUGUUUCUGGCGCUACACGUCCGUGUGGGCCUCGACCAGGAGCUGGCCUUGCCAACGGACUCGUACAUGCUGGAUUACUUUGCUGGCCUCAACAAUUACUUAGAGGUGGGCGUCCCCGUGUACUUUGUCACCACGGCCGGUUACAACUUCUCCAGCAGAGCCGGCAUGGACGGGGUGUGUUCCAGCGUGGCGUGUGACACCAACUCCAUGACCCAGAAGAUCCAGUACGCCACCGAAUUCCCCAAGCAGUCCUACAUAGGUAUCCCUGCCUCCUCCUGGGUGGACGACUUUAUCGACUGGUUGAACCCAAUGUCCCGGUGCUGUCGACUCUUCAGCUUCGGCCCCAACACUGGUGAAUUCUGCCCAGCCGACAAAAAUUCACUGCUCUGUUUCAAGAAUUGCCUCCCAACAAAUUUCAGCGGGAUUAUCCGACCCUCCAGCGAGAAGUUCGACAAAUUCCUGCCCAGCUUCCUGAACGACACCCCCACCCUGAAAUGCUCCAAGGGAGGUUUGGGAGCGUAUGGGAAUGCCGUGAACAUAGGAGAGGGAGGGGAGAUUUUGGCCUCCAGAUUCAUGGCCUAUCAUGUGCCUCUGAAGGAUUCUCUGGAGUACACGGCUGCCCUGAAAGCUGCCCGAAUGCUCGCGGACGACAUCACGGCAAGCAUGAGGAAGGUCCCCGGCACUGACCCCAACUUCGAAGUCUUCCCUUACACGAUCACCUACGUGUUUUACGAGCAGUACCUGACAGUGGUGAACGAGGGGCUGUUCAAUGUGGGCCUCUGCCUCAUCCCCACCUUCCUGGUCUGCUGCAUCUUGCUGGGCAUGGACGUGCAGUCGGGCUUGCUCAACCUCCUCACCAUCAUCAUGAUCAUUGUGGACACACUGGGAGCCAUGACCCUGUGGAGCAUCGACUUCAAUGCUGUCUCCCUCAUCAACCUGGUCACGGCGGUCGGCAUGUCUGUGGAAUUUGUCUCCCACCUCACCCGCUCGUUUGCUGUCAGCACCAAGGAGAAUAAAGUGGAACGAGCAAAGGAGGCCACCGUCAACAUGGGGAGUGCGGUGUUUGCAGGUGUUGCCUUGACCAACCUUCCAGGCAUCGUGGUCCUGUAUUUCGCCAAAGCCCAACUCAUCCAGGUAUUCUUCUUCCGUCUGAACCUGGUGAUCACGUUGCUGGGGCUGGCCCACGGACUGGUCUUCCUCCCCGUACUGCUCAGCUACUUCGGCCCGGGUGUCAAAGUUGCAGCACUCUCGCCAACGCAUGGUGACACGGGACCUGCGCUGGACACCACCCAUGGCAACGGCUACUGCCCAAAGCUGGGCCCUGACGGCGAAGAAUCGCCACCCAUGGCACUUUGUAACGGGACAACCCAGCUGGGACAAGACAAGGUCCCUGGACACACAAACACCCUCACAGAGAAACCCUCAGAAAACCACACACACGCCACCAUCUCCACCAUCUCUACAUUGUGAGACUGCUUUGUGUUUGGCUCUUGGUGUCAACACCUGGUCGAAUCUCCAGCUCCGGUAGAACAUUGCGAUGGAUUUUCCCAGCGGCGUCUUCGCUGGAAGUCAACGGUUACCAUCGAACCCAUUGUCGGCCGGGCACCAGCCUCCUGUGUCUCACCGUGCCACCCCGCCCCACACGUCUCUUACUCUGCUCCUUGCCUCUUCGCUGGUUCCCACUGAGACCUGUACACCUCACCGCUUCCCAACAUGUCUCCAUCUUCUCCAUAACCUGGGCGCUGGAUGGAAAUUCCACCACGUUCUGUCUCGGAGCUCCCCGGCCCUUCCGCCCAACUCCACCCUCUCCGUCCCAGAGAACGCUUCCCAUCCAGUCCUGGGGGGCUCCAGAUUCUGACCCCUGGGGGGGGGGGGGGGAGCCGGACAAUAAUGUCCCACCCCUGAUCUCAAACCCUCCAAUGUCCCAGCAGGUCAGUCAAUGUGAGAGAGGCAUAGACGAUAGACAAUAGGUGCAGGAGUGGAGGCCAUUCACAUUCAAUGUGAUCAUGGCUGAUCAUCCCCAAUCAGUACCCCGUUCCUGCCUUCUCCCCAUAUCCCCUGACUCCGCUAUCUUUAAGAGCCAUAUCUAGCUCUCUCUUGAAAGCAUCCAGAGAACCUGCCUCCACCGCCCUCUGAGGCAGAGAAUUCCACAGACUCACAACUCUCUGUGAGAAAAAGUGUUUCCUCGUCUCCGUUCUAAAUGGUUACUCCUUAUUCUUAAACUGUGGCCCCUGGUUCUGGACUCCCCCAACAUCGGGAACAUGUUUCCUGCCUCUAGCGU